GGCGGGCGCGCGGGCUACGGCGGCCGGUAGGGGGCGGCGGCGGCCGUUGGCCAAGGGUCCUGAGGCGGGGCCGCGGGCCUCGGGCUCUGAGAGGCCGGCGGGCCGCGACUCGGCCGCGGGAGCGUGCGGGCUGAGGCCAUGGGCGACCGCGGCAGCGCAGGCGGCUCCCGGCGCCGGAGGACAGGGUCGCGGCCCUUGAGCCAGGGCGGCGGCGGGCCCGCGGCUGCAGAAGAGGAGGUGAGGGACGUGGGCGCCGGGGGGGACGCCCCGGCCCCGGACAAGGACAAGGACGGAGACGCCGACGUGGGCAGCGGCCACUGGAAUCUGAGGUGCCACCGCCUCCAGGAUUCUUUGUUCAGCUCUGAUAGUGGCUUCAGCAACUACCGUGGCAUCUUGAAUUGGUGUGUGGUGAUGCUGAUCUUGAGCAAUGCACGGUUAUUUUUAGAGAACCUCAUCAAGUAUGGCAUCCUGGUGGACCCCAUCCAGGUGGUGUCUCUGUUCCUGAAAAACCCCUACAGCUGGCCCGCCCUGUGCCUGGUUAUUGUGGCCAAUGUCUUUGCCGUGGCUGCAUUCCAGGUGGAGAAGCGCCUGGCAGUGGGUGUGCUGACGGAGCAGACAGGGCUGCUUCUGCAUGUGGUCAACCUGGCCACCCUUCUCUGCUUCCCGGCGGCCGUGGCCUUCCUGCUGGAGUCCAUCACUCCAGUGGGCUCCAUGCUGGCUCUGAUGGUGUACACCAUCCUCUUCCUCAAGCUUUUCUCUUACCGGGACGUCAACCUGUGGUGCCGAGAGCACAGGGCUGCGAGGGCCAAGGCCAAGGCUGCUUCUGCAGGUAAGAAGGCCAACGGGGGAGCUGCCCAGCGCACCGUGAGCUAUCCGGACAACCUGACCUACCGUGAUCUGUACUACUUCCUCUUUGCCCCUACUCUGUGUUAUGAGCUCAACUUUCCCCGCUCCCCCCGCAUCCGAAAGCGCUUCUUGCUGCGGCGGCUCUUUGAGAUGCUGUUCUUCAUCCAGCUCCAGGUGGGGCUGAUCCAGCAGUGGAUGGUCCCUACCAUCCAGAACUCCAUGAAGCCCUUCAAGGAUAUGGACUACUCACGCAUCAUUGAGCGCCUCCUGAAGCUGGCGGUCCCCAACCACCUCAUCUGGCUCAUCUUCUUCUAUUGGCUCUUCCACUCCUGCCUGAACGCCGUGGCUGAGCUGAUGCAGUUUGGAGACCGGGAGUUCUAUCGGGACUGGUGGAACUCUGAGUCCGUCACCUACUUCUGGCAGAACUGGAAUAUCCCUGUGCACAAGUGGUGUAUCAGACACUUCUAUAAGCCCAUGCUCCGACGGGGCAGCAGCAAGUGGGUAGCCAGGACCGGGGUGUUCCUAGCCUCGGCCUUCUUCCACGAGUACCUGGUGAGCAUCCCCCUGCGCAUGUUCCGCCUAUGGGCCUUCACAGGCAUGAUGGCUCAGAUCCCACUGGCCUGGAUCGUGAGCCGCUUCUUCCGGGGCAACUAUGGCAAUGCAGCCGUGUGGCUGACACUCAUCAUCGGGCAGCCAGUGGCCGUGCUCAUGUACGUCCAUGACUACUACGUGCUCAACCACGAGGCCACGACAGCGGGGGCAUGAGCUACUCUGGGGCCAGCCCUCUUCACCGCCACCUUGCCUCGUCUGCCUCACUGCCCAUGGCCAGAGCCUGCCGCCGCCUGUGUACUGGGGAGAGGGCCUGGCUGCCCAUGCCUCCUCCUGGGAUCCAGGAGGCCUCUCUGCCCCUAUGGGGUUCCCUCUUGCCCCCUCAGGGAUGGCAGAUGGGGCAUAGGCCAGUUCCAGCGCCCUGGGAAUCCAUGCUGAUCCUGCCCAAGGGUCUGAGGGUGUCAAUAAAGUGCUGUCCAGAGUGA